AUGGUUGAACAAGCUUAUUAUAAAAAGGGAUAUCAACAAUCAGUAUCAAAUACUCAUGCAUGGAGAACAGUAGAAAAUUCAGGAAAAUUUAUAACAGCAGUUUUGCAACCAGAUUUUAAAGUAUUAGAUGCUGGAUCUGGACCAGGAACAAUUACAAUUGAUUUUGCAAAAAAUUAUUUAAAUGAUGGAUCAAUUGUGGGGAUUGAACCAACUCAACAACUAAUUGAUGAAAGUAAUGAAUUAAAAUUGAAACAAAAUGUUAGUAAUGCUAAAUUUAAAUUAGGAUCAAUUUAUAAUAUUCCAUUUCCAGAUAAUACAUUUGAUUUAGUAUAUUCUCAUCAAGUAAUUAUACAUUUAGAAGAUCCAAUCAAAGCAUUAAAAGAAUUAGAAAGAGUAACUAAACCAGGAGGAUUUGUAUGUGUAAAAGAUGCUGAUUUAGAAGCUACCGUUGUAUCACCUAAAAAAUAUGAAAUUUUGAAAGAAUAUAGUUUAUUAAAAGCUAAAAAUUCAGGUUCAACAGAUCCAAUUGCUGGUAGAAAUUUAAGAUCAAAAGCAAUUCAAGCAGGAUAUGAUCCAAAUAAUAUUACUUCAUCAAUUUCUCAAUGGUUACUUACUGAUGAUUUAAAUGAGAAACAAAAAUUUGCUGAUAUGUUUAUCGGAAGAGUUAAAACAUCAAAUGAAGUUGCUUAUACUGAUGAACAAAAGAAUGAAGAAAUUAAAAAUAAAGUGGUUGAAGCUUAUAAAGAAUGGGCUGAAGAUGUAAAUUCAUUAUUUUGUAUAAUAAAUUUUGAAAUAACUUAUCAAAAAUGA